AUGGCGGCAAAAUCAUUCAAAGUCGUCAUAGUCGGCGGUGGGUUAAUAGCCGCACACGCUUUGUGUAAGGCGGGUAUGGAGUUUACUGUCCUCGAAAGAAGCCGUCAAAUCGCACUUGACGUGGGCGCCAGCCUAGUUCUAGCACCAAGUAGUUUGCGGGUUUUCCAUCAGCUUGGUUUGCUCAAUCAGCUGCAAGAUUUGUAUGCCGAAGUAAACCAUAAGAAAUGCUUCACUCCAGAUGGCCACCAGUUCAAGGAUAACCCGGAUAUUUUUGGUGAGUCGAAGAAGAACCACGGUGGUGUACCUUCUGCCUUUCACCGUGCAGAGCUUGUCCAGUCUCUCUACGACCAGCUACCUGAAAAGCUCAAGCACAAUGUUUUAACCAACAAGAAACUUACGGACAUCCAAUCAGAUGAAAAUGGGGUCAAAGUCUUCUGUGAGGAUGGAAGCGUUUAUGAAGGCGAUCUGGUGCUUGGCGCAGACGGCGUCAAUAGCAAGACUCGGCAAACUCGGCAAAUCAUGAGGAAACUGGCGUUACAAGCGAAUCCAAACGCAGAAUGGGACCCCGAGCUUCCAUAUACGUCCACCUACCGGUGCAUGUGGGCUAGUUUUCCCAGACCUACAGCUUCGGGGGAAGGAUAUGAAACACAAAGCAAAGACAAGUCCAUCAUGUACCUUAGCGGCAAGGAACGCGCCUGGAUAUUCCUUUACGAGAAGCUACCAGAGCCGACCAAGGAGCGAUCAUUCUACACCGAUGAAGACGUCCAAGCAAUGGCCGGCAGAUUUGCCGACUUCCACCUCGAUGAAACUAUGACCGUGAAGGACGUAUUUGCUGAGAGAAUGACAAGCGGCAUGUCGGAUCUGCAGGAGGGCAUCUGCAACAACUGGGGCUGGGGCCGCAUCGCACUCGCGGGAGAUUCUAUCCAUAAGGCGUGCCCCAAUGCUGGCUUAGGUUACCAAAACGGCAUCCAAGACGUGGUGUCUCUGGUCAACCACUUGCGAGAGCUGGUGGCCUCUUCAGGGCCCUCGAAGCGUCCCGACGUUUCUUCUCUAGAGAACAUGUACAAGAGCUACAAAAAUGAGCGAUGGGCACCUCUCAGUCGUGAUGCGGCUGUCUCUGCGAGCGUUACACGAAUUCACGCUUGGGCUAAUAUCUGGUACUAUCUGGUAGCCCGCUUCCUCCUGGUGCCAAACUUUAUGGACAAUAUCCAUGCCAACUGGCUAGUAGGACCGGCUGCCAGUGCAGCUUUGGCUUUUAACUUUUUGGACGCAGAAGAGCCAUUUUCCGGGCGUGUUGCCUGGGCGCAUCCGUUGAAGAAUGUGUUUUAA